AUGUCAUUUGCUCAAUUGCAUGCAGCCGCCUCAGUGGCUGCUGCGGAUGCCGCCUACUUGGAGGAUGUACGGACGGUGCAGCAGCUUCUAAAGCAGCUCCGUCGGCAUGCUUCAGCGGUAGUGGCACUGCGGCGCUUCUACGCAACGCACGGGCCCUCUGUACAGCAGACUCAUGCAUCCCUCGAUGAACUGCAGCUACUGCAACACCAACACCAGCAGCAGCUGCAGCGCGAACUAGAAACUGCCAGGUCUUCUGCAGACAGCGUGCACAGCGCUCUCAGGCAGCUACAAUGGCAUGUUUCUGCUGCUGACUCAUUGGUUGAAAAGCGGGAGCGGCAAUUGACAUACACGCAGCUCGCAGCCGCAGCAGGGCAGCUCGUGGGACAGCUGAGAGACGCUGCACAGGGAGAGGAAUGGUUUUUACAGCAGCAUCAGGAGAGACUGUUGCUUUUACAAAAUGAGGAAGAAGAAUCACGCGAAGGGUAUCAGACUGUCCCCACCCCUUAUCAAGGGGCCUUAGGGGCCUCGGGUAUUCCAUUUGGGGUUUCAAAGCCGUCGCAUGCGCAGGGGAGCCUCUCGAAACCCAUAGAACCCGUGCCAGCUAGUGUGGGAGCAGGCAGCACUUCUCAAGCUGAAGCUGCAACGCCUGAUGAAAGGGGAUGGAACGCCGCUGUGGAAAAUGGAAGUAACAGCAGAGCCACCAGAGAAACUGGAGCCUCUCGUGCAUACACUCAGGUUGCACCCCCAAUGUCUGAGCCCACAUAUAGUGAGCCUGCCUUCGGGGGCUGCCCUGCGCCUUUGCAGCUGCAACACCAGCUGAUGCGAGCUAACGCAUCAGUCCCCAUCUUCAUUCCGGAGAGUCGAGUGGACGCUUCGCUACUACAAGAGAAACGCGAGAGUCUCGCGAAGAUCCACCGCGAGAUCAGAAGCAUCCAGUCGCUAUACGAGCAAAUGGCGUUCUUCACGGCGGAACAGGGAGACAGACUAGAUGACGUGGACCAGAGCCUCACGGGAGCUAGAGCAGAGUCGGCGCGUGCCGCUAGGGAACUCUCGGCUGCCUAUCAGGAGAAGCGCAGAAGAAGGUGCCGGCGGUGUUUGUUCGGUGGCACCUUGUUUCUUCUGGUGCUCUUAUUUGUUUUUGCCCUGUGGUGGAAUGCAAUGUCUUAA